GAUACUGUGCUCUGCAUCUGAUUAUUUCUUGUUUAAAAAUGAUGAACUCUAUAAAAGUGUCACCCGCGUUACAUUGUGUUUAUAUGUAGAGUCGUGUUUUUAUAACAGUGUGUUCUUCAUCUGAUAGUUUCUUGAGUAAAAUGAUUGACUCAACAAAAAUGUCAUCUUCACUGUGUUUUGUUUUACUCCUUUCACUUAACGUGUUAGAUUGUUCUGAUGGUAAAACCAUUAUUGAUGAAUCAACAUGGAACGAAGAUGUUGACUCUUUCAAACAAGAGAUGGAUACUCAUAUAGAUAAAGUUCUUGCAUAUAAUGAAAUAGGAGCAAUGCUCGAGAAACACGAAAAUGAACUAACGUAUGUGAGAGUGAGUGGAUCGGAAGAAUUCGAGAAGUUAUUUCAAAAAGUGUCGACAAAGUACAAUGAUUUAGUAUCUGCGGCAAAUUCUUUAAAAACAAUUUUCGAAAUGAAUUUGAGAAAGGAUUCAAAGAGUUUAAGGAAAAAGCGACAAUAUUUUAGUUCGAUUAAUAACUCCUUGAAAUUAAAAGUUGAUAAAAACAUUGGACUCAAAGGAUUGAGGUCUUUUCCUGGAAACUCUCCCAAAAUUGUUAAAAGAUCAGCAACAGCAGAUAUCUACCAGAAAAACAUCGAUUUCAAUCCAGAAAAUGUCUCGGAGGAUGAAAAUUCCACGUCGGCUACAGAGGAGUCCAUUGUAACAACAAAAAUAAUCCCGACACAACAAGAGACCUCUUUGCCCUUUGCUGGUCCGCCGACAAUCCCACGACCAGAUGCUGGAGUGAUAACCAAUUCGCCAAUUCUUGAGCCACCAACGCUCGAACCGAAGCCUCCCCUCCCACAUUGCUGUGGCGAUUCUGCUUCCGGGGUCUAUGAUGGACGGCUAAGAGAAGAAGUUAUAUACAUGCCUUGUGGAGUCAAUGUCACUCUUGGAGACUCUGGAAAUGUUGAUGCGUUUAAAGAGAAAUUUCAGGAUAUCCAAGCAAGCUAUCGUCACGUCCACUGGCAAUAUUUUAUCGAGGCGGAUGGAGGUUUUGUCCAAUAUCCUUCAAACACACGCCAGUGUCUGUCAGAAGGAGGAAACAGAUUUGACAAAGUCCCUUGGUUAGUGGAGAAGUUCUUUAUGGAGAAAAGAAACCUUGUCAUUUUCAUUGAUAACUCAGGGGACGGAGAAACAUUACUUAAACCAUUAUUUGAUGGUGCCAAAAGAGUUAUUGCCAAUACUCUAGCAUGGGGUGACAAAAUAAAUGUGGUGGAUGGUGAUUGUAGUGGAAGUCCACGAUUUCUCGUUCGCAGUUAUGAAAAGGGUCUUGUUGACGCCACCAUGGAUGCUAAAUUUCAACAAAAGUUUGAUAUUCCCCCAUGUCAUGCAUAUGCCGCUGUAAAUCUAACUGAAGGUUUGGCAAAGGUUUACGAAUUGUUUGAACAAGAAAUGGACGCUUCAAAGAGAGGAUUUAACAGCAGAAGCAACGUCGUUCUGACUUUGAUAAAAGGGGAUGACAUGGUAAUCGAAAAGGAAAGUUUGUUGCCCAUGGUCGCCGAGUAUCAACAAAAACUGAACAGCACCAUACAACAUCUCAUUUAUGUUACAAGAAAUGUCAGCCAAAUGCAUUUAGAGGUCUUGGCCCAGCUUGCAGAUCAAAAUAAUUUGAAGUUGCACACCGGGAAUAUAACAGCCAAAUCUUGGAGCGGGAUUUCAGGUUUAAAUCUCAGUGGACCUAUUGGGAAAGAAGGCUGGCUAGAAGUCGUUGAUAUUGAUGGAUUUGCGGACAGCGUAGAGACUUACUUCAAGAAAAUACCGCCGCAAAUGGAAUCUACAAUAACUGCAAAUCUUGUAGUGGGUCACGGAGAGCGUCCACUGGGUAUGACAGUAAAUAUCCCUGUCUACAAGGACCAGAGUAGCCUCCCUUUGGGCAUUGCCGGGGUCGAGGGCUCUCUUGCUGCCGUCUUUACGGACAUUGUCAACUGCAACAUCGGAGACAAGAGCUACUGUUAUAUGGUUGAUACAACAUAUGAUGACGUUUUGAUACAUCCGAAACUUGGAGACAUCAGUGAAUAUGUUCGACGCAUCAAUAAAUUCAGCGACAUCGAGACAGAUCUUAACGAACAAGAGAGAGAAUCAAUUUUAACAUCUUCCUUUGAUUCAACAUACAGUUUUGAUACUAUGUUGCCAGCAAUUCACCCGGAAGUCGAGGGCGAACUGAUACAACAAUUAAACAUAACGUUCGAAACUGCAACAGUGUACUCUAGAAAACUGAGAGGAACUACUUUUAUAGUUGUUUUUGUCCACUUCCAAUCGGACAGAAUGGGAAUCAAAUACAAUGUGCAGAGCAAUAUAUCGGCAGAUUUACAUGGUGUAUACCACCGUUUGGACGUACUCUUUGGUUCCCCAGAAGCAAAUGUGCCUGAGAAGGAGGAAGUCUGUAGACUUGAAGGGCACUUCGUGUCAUUCCAGCAAUCUGUUAUUAAGCUGGUUCCGACAGUGUUUCAGGAUCCUGAGCUGUACAAAUAUUCACAAGAAACUGUUACAAAUAGUAUAAAGCUGAACCAAUUUGUUUCAAAAGGAAUCAUGACAGACUUGCUCGACACAGAGAAAACGGACAUGCUUUUACACACUUUGAGAGCCACUGAUGAACUGGAUGCAUUAUGGUCAAAUCACAAAUUCGAAGUAAUUGAAAGGUUUUAUGGCUCAUCCUCUGGAGUGUUUCGCAUGUACCCAGGUUCCCCAAUGCUGAACACAUUUGACCAUCGGCAAACUAACUGGUACCGAAAGAGCAUGCUAUUUCCAAAUACAACAUUAUACCAUCGAGGGAAGUUAGGUUUUAUUAACAAACAAGACGUGAUUAUCAUCACAAGAACUGUGCAGAGUGUUAAUGGGAGAAAAUUAGGAGUUGUUGGUAUGACGAUUACGAGUCGAACGUUAACUUCUCUUUUUAGUAAAUCUGUACCAGCCUGCUUUCAGAAUGAUACGGAGUGCUUUGUUGUAGACAAUAACGGAUUCACUCUUAAUGACGAUAAGAGAUGGAUGAGUGCAAAUUUGCCAUGGGCGAUGAAAUAUAACGUGGACCAUCAUCCUGCCUUGAUCUCCCCUCAGCUGAUAAAUCAGUUAUACAAUAGACAUAUGCUCAAGUGGAAUGGGUGUGAAAGUUUUUCGGAUGGUUUCAGUAAGAAAUAUUUUUCAGUAGCCGAAGGAUCAAUUUACAGUAACACAACCUACAAUGGAUAUGCAUUUACAGCAAUACCAGACACAAAUAUUUUUCUUCUUCUUUUACUGGACAAAGACAAUAGGUUUCCCGAUAAUUUUCCUUGCUACGGAUGUACCCGAUACCAAUCUCCGAUUGGAGAAGCAAUCACAGGGUUGCCAAGUUGCCUGGGUUCGGGAAUGCCCUCCAAGUGUGUACUUCAAUGUUUUCAAACCGCUUGUGUAAAUGACGACUACUGUUAUAAACCUGAUAUUACAACAGGCGACACAUAUGGUGCAGAGAAAAUCAGGAACAGUUGUUUUGUUACACCAGUGGCUAGUAAACAGUUUAUGCCGGACUCUCCGGGACCUAUGCACGGACUAGAGAGGUGCCCGAUCCCAUGUGCCGCCAUAGAUGACAUGGAUAUUUGUGCCGGUCUUUCGCACUGCGAAGCCAAUGAAGCCGUCUACUCUACAUGCAAUUGGAAAGGAAAUUACACGGAUGUAGACCGCUAUUUCCCCUCUCCACCCGCAGGUUCAGGAGCACCCACUUUGCAAACAAAGACUGAUCCGUUCAAAAUUUCAACAACCACAGAGGGUGUAUUAUCUUAUGAAAGCAACGCUACUAUGCAAACAUCUACUGACGCUGCAAAAACAACCUUGUCAGCUGCAGGAGUAUCCGAGCAUUUGACAAGCGUUUCUACAGGCGCAAGUAUAUCUGCUUCAAAUGAACACAGAUUAAAUGCAGGUGAUCGUAUGAGUCCAGGGAGUAUCGUGGCUCUAGUAGUUGGCCUGAUUGUUUUCGUUGGUAUUCUUGUCAUUAUUGGUGUCAAGCUGUACACAAAGAUGUUCAUCAGAUCUCAAGGGCUUAAUCGAGGGACGUUCAGUGAUGUUUUCUAUAAUCGUAGAAAUGAACGUGUCGACAUGAAUAACAAAACCUCGACACCAUACAGUGAGCUCGAAAAUUAAAUGUGGCUUCAGCAAAAAGUUGCGCACAUUGGACAAGACACGGAAACAUUCGAUGCUCUCUAUGAUAAUAUAAGUUAAACAUGCCUUUAAAGGAUAUGAAUCAAUUUGUGUCGGCGUUGCUAUUUGGCGGUUUACCCACCCAGAUAUUUUAUUUCGGGAAACAUAACCUAACACUUUUCAUUUUAUUCUUGUUGACUUUGACUUUGUUUCAUGGCAUUUUGAAUAAAUGCCCAUUAUCAAUCAA